AUGAGAAGUAGAUAUGUUGUCUUCUUUGAAGAUCAGAACAUUGAAAACAUUCGAAGAGGUGAUAAACUUGAUAAUCCUAGAGAAUAUCCAGCUAACUUGGAUCCAGUUCCUCCUCCAUUGGAGCACAAUGACGGGCGAGAUGAAUACAAUGAUACUGAUGAUCCAGCUAGUGAUCCUAUUAUAAAUAAACCAGUUGAUGAUGACAUGAGUGAUGAUCAUACAGUUGAUGGUAUAGUCGAUGAUGUAGCUGAUGAGGGGCUAGAAACACAAGCCCAUGAAGUGCCAGUGGCCGAAUUCCAACCAAGAAGAUCAACCAGGGUACGGAGACCUCCGAGUAGGUAUUCUCCAGAUGAUUACGUUCUCCUAACAGACGGGGGAGAACUAGAAUGCUAUAAAGAAGCAUUGACUCAUCAUCAACAAGAUGAGUAG